GAACGUUUCAAUACAUAUGUGACCUUAAAGCUUCAAAAUGUGAAAUCAACAACCAUACAAGUUAAAGGCAAUCAUCCUGCAUGGGAACAAGAUUUCCUAUUUGAAACUAUGAGGUUAGAUACAGGAUUAAUUGUGGAAGUGUGGAAUAAAGGAAUGCUGUGGGAUAAAUUAUUAGGAUUAAAUUGGUUACCACUCACAAAAAUUCACCAUUCUAAUCAGGAGGGUGAAGGAAAAUGGUUGUCUUUAGAUUCCGAACUGAUAAUUCAAAAUGGUGAAAUUAUGGGAACCAGACUGGCUUCUGGACAUCAUAUUUUAAUUGAUGCCCGAUUUGAGCUUCCAUAUGGUAAGUCAUUCCGUACACUUUUUCAAAAGAUGUUUUAUUUCCAUUCAUGA